UAUUAAUGACAGCAUUCGUAGUGAAUAGCAAUCCUGUUAAGGUUUGUAAAAUAGUUUUUUUUUUUCAUUGUCAAAACGCACAACUAGUCAGAAUUCAGGCAGCUUUUAAUCGCAGUGCUCAUCGAUAGAAAUUUUUAGCCGAUCAAGCACAAGUCCUUAAUUCUCUUAGAUCUUUCUUCGUCUUCAUUCCCGUCAAUUUCUAUGGUGCAUCCGGUUCAAACCCACAAUCCUUUGUGGACUUGUCAUUCUGGCCGCGCUCACCAUCUCUGUUUUCUUUACUCCGUAAUCUUUUUUGUAUUUCCAAAUUAGAAAUUCGCCGAUCAAAAAGUGAACUGACAUUUUCUUGUUUUCAGGGAUCGAGGGACUUAAACGACUUACGUCGGUACAAAAGAGCAGGUACAAUUAUCAGUUUCUAAUGUUCUUCGCACCUCGACAUUUGUAUUUGUUGUUGCGUUCUUUCAAGAGAACCUCAGGUGUUCCCUAUAUUUCGUCUAUUAACUAGCACCUUUUGUGCAGUCUUCUUAACUCGCUCUUUUUUUUUUGUUAACGAAAUUCAAGGUCCUUCAAAUUAUGAACCAGUGGGUUGCUAUAGUUCUGGGAAACUGAAAAAGGCGAAAGUGUUCGGCAAGAAGUCCUACAAGAAGAUUAAAGCCGGAGCAGAGAGACCCAUUGAUCAGUGCAGUGAAGGCCAGGAUUAUGCCAUUAUUGGAAUCCAGAGGAUAAAGAAAGGUAUUUCGUGUUUAAAUGGAAACGAAGCAAAAUGGGACCCAAAUGAUUUCAAAAUGGAAGAAGAAAGCAAAUGUCCCGGUGGAGCAGGAUCGAAGAAGACAAUCUUCAUCUACAAAAAAAGCGUGAAUCCAGGUAGAGGAAAUUAUAAAGCGACUUGCGUUUUUCAAACUUUUAACUUUGGCUGAAAUUAAAAUGUUUAUAGCGUCAGGUACCCAACCUGCACGCAAAUCGAUUGUCCCAUCAUAAGUGGGCUAAAUGCUCCCAUUUUCGCUUCUAUGAAAAAACUGCCUUUAGUAAACCUCAACAUGAUCCCUCACUUUCUCUAUAUCCUGCCAAGACAACCUUCAUUUGCAUCCGUGUUUUUUCUGUUUCCUUAACUGGGCUGCGGCAAAUACUGUGUCUGAGUGAACUUCUGCCACUCGGUUUUGCCUAACCUGUUUUUUUACCUAACUCUUUGAAAAUGCAUCAUCGCUAAAACCUAAAAGAGUUUGAGGGUAGCUAAAGGAAGGGUCAUAGUCUACGGCUUUAGGAUUUUCAUUCACACUUAAAGUUAUUAAGUUACUGACAGUCUCCCGAAAUUCUCUUCUGAGACAACCUCAAAUCCCUUUCAAUGCCUUGACUGUCCCUAGCCUCUCAAUACUCGAAAUUGUGGCCUUCUACAUGGCUGAUCUUCGCUAAAUAUGCGCGCAUAUCGCCUGUCAUAUUUGAACCUGUAAUUUCUUACCUCACAGAGUCUUCUGUUGCUCUGUGGUGUAGCAUCGGUAGAAUACUUCUGGGGACUCAGAAUUUUUCAUUAGACCCACGCCCGAGACCAUACGAAGACACGUCUUUCCUUAACCACAUCUAUGUUCUGUAAUGUCUUUUUAGGGAUCGUAGCUGACGGGAAGUGCAGAUACGGCGACAAAGUAUUCAAUGACGGAGAAGAAGCCCCAAUAUAUCACAAGACAGGCGACGUGUUUGACGACUAUUGUGAAUUGUGUGAGUGUAUUAAAGGAAACCUGACUGACUGUAUGCACAUCAAAUGUGACACUGGGUUGAUGGGCUGUAAAGAAAUUGUUUAUCCAUCAGAAAGUGGGGAGUGUUGUCCGAAAUGCAAAUCAGAACCUUUAAGGAGGAGUAAGUAUACUUCAAAUACAUUUUCAAUGAAAAACUCUGACUAUUAUAAUGGUAAUAUUAACAAUGAUUAUGAUAAGGAAUAUGAUGAUAAAAUCCGAACUCCGAGAUAGUAAGGCCUGGAGGAGACAGUAGUCACUGUAGAGAACUACAUCUCCUGAGAACAAAAACUGCAAUGAGUCAAUCCGCUUUUUAAUGCGCUGCUAGAGAGGAUUAGAACGAAAUUCCCGAUGAAAAUCACCCCUGCAUUACCCGAAAAACUUCAAAAAUUGUAAACUUUUAAAUUCUCACUCGAUUUAGAUAAGACUCAAUACACAUGUAUUACUGAAAGAUAUAGUUUAAAAUCAGUAAUUUGAUCCUGUCCUGAAUAAACAAUUUUGAUUUGUCUUUAAUUUGGUGGUUUCAGAGUGCGACGGCAGGCGAUCUUGGUUGAGUUACGAAGAUGACGUAUGUUUAUUUUGCGAAUGCCACGGGCAAGUUUCCGCAACGUGCCGCGUUGUCAAACCUGCUUGCCAAGCUGUAAGUUGCAAAGAUCCGGUUAUCCCCGUCGGAGAGUGCUGCCCAUAUUGCGGUAUUUACGAAUUCUUUUUUCAUCAUAAGACUGCACAUGAUAACGGUGGUCCUUUUUUUCUUUUGCCACGGAUUAAACAUUAAAUUGGAAUUAUGAGUGUCAUAUUGACGAUAUUUACCAUAAAACUUUUAAAUAAAGAGAAAGAAAAUUGUGACCAGGGACAACAAAGGUUAAAGAAGGAAAAAAACGGCCCUAUAUCUGUUGGUAAAAUGAACGAUGACGCAUCAAGCUGUUUUGUUUUUCGUUGAUCAUAAUGUUUCUUUCUUUUCUUAAUCAGAACCACAAACAACUCCUCCGCCAGUGUUUACAAUCAAACCAACGGAGGAUAGACCAGAACCACCCUUCCCAUUUCCUUUCUGAAGUGAAAUCAAGAAGUAAAGAUGGUAAGCCGUUGCUUAGUUCGUAAUCAGGAAUACGUCGUUGUUCUUAUCUAGUUUUUUUUCCUGUUGAUCGUCUUCUUUCAGCUUCCAGUGAGCAUUUCAGUUCUUUCUUUUCGACCUCUUUCAGUAUUUCGUUUCUAAUUUUUGUCAGACUGCAAUUUUUUCCAAUAAGAUCUCGUUUUGUUUUAAUCUUCCGUGACUCUCUUUAGUGCUGCACUUUGAAAAAAAAGGAUAUAUUCCUUCUGAAUUGAUAAGUGUCAAUCUCUGUUCAAUUCAUUGGUCUUUGAAAACCAGCAGCACAGAACUUAACUAACUUUUCUGUAACUUAUUUUCAGUUGCAGAUGAUCUACGAAAUUUACAGUCUUAUGGUGAUUUCUCAUCCUUCGUUAACUGUUGUAUUCUGCAAAUGUCAUGUUGUUUUAUAGAAAUUACAACCAGAAAUAUUAAAAAUGUUAAAAAGC